UUGCGAAAACAUUGAAAACGGAUUGUGCAAGUAAACAGGUAGAAUUUAAAUAGAGGAAGAGGAAGAAAAUGAGUGGGAGGGGGCGGAAGGUUGUACGCAAAGAGACUGGCAGCACCGGCGCUUCAAGAAACAUAGCCCCGCGCCUCUGCUCACGGUCCUGUAACGCUUGUGCCAGUUUUCUUUCGCAAGGGCUCCAGAGAAGAAGCAGAAGGGGGAUUGCGCAGGAGGUCGAAACGAAAGAAUUUUGUACCCGAUUUCGGGGUUCGGACCGCAUUUUGUGCGGAACACGGAAAACUGUUGCGCGACGUAGUAGUAGAAAUUCAAUGGCCGAAAAGUCAGGAAAGACAGCGUGGUUUGGAGACGCGCAUCGGAAAAUAGGUUCGAUUUGGCGGACAUAAGAAGAAAGAAGGAGGUAGGAGAGAGGUAUAUAGAGGAAAGAAGAAGAAAAAGAAAAAGAGAGGUGCGUGAGAGGACGCGUCGUCGUGUGUCGUCGUGCGGUGAGAGGUGAGGCGACGGCGGCGUGGUGAAAGCUUGAACUAGAGAAAAAUUCGGCGGUAACCGGUAGCAAAGUAAAGCUACCAAGGUGUUCCGAAGUGCAGCAGCAGCGGCUCAGGAUGCUGCCCGACGGAGCAAGAAGAUGGCCGUGAUCGGCGAGCAGAGGUAUUACACGGCGGUCCGUGCGAACGCGUACACGGAGUUUUCGUGUCGUAGGUGCGAGGCGAUACGUUCAGCGACGACAGCUACGUCGCCGUCCUCCUCGUCCUCGUCGUCCUCGACUGUAUCUUCCCGUCAUCGCCGACAGAGGAAACAGCUACACUCUGUACAGUUAGCUAUGUCCUCUUCACGAGGUAGCGGCCCGGAAUCGGGAGAACUGAGCGAUUCUGAGGACGGUUAUUUGGAUACAGAUCCGUUGAGGUAUGAGUUGAGAAAUAUACAAAAUGUGAUACACGUCACUCGACAAAACAUUGACGCUCUAAACAAUCGGUUUGCUGGAUUCCAACAUCCACCAUCGAUAUAUUUAAAUGAAUAUCAAGAGUUAACUAGCAAGUUGCAUGAUUUAGAAUCUAAGGAACAGAAGCUCAAUGAAUUGUUGAACGCUGGUCGAGUAUCUGGUAGUGCUUCCACGUCAGAGAGUGAAUCUCGUGAUGCUAAUACAUCUGCAUCGAGAGGUCAAAGAACUCCAAUGAAAUCUCUGCUCAGGGCAUAUUUACCUAAUCAACAGCGUACAAGUGUACAGGUUCGUGAAGGACUUUCGUUAAGAGAUGCACUUGCCAAAGCGAUGAAAUUAAGGAAUUUGACCACGGAAAUGUGCGUUGUAUAUAUUUUGGGUACAGACAACUCGAAAUAUCUUACUUCUUGGGAUACAGACAUCUCGUUGCUUGACUGCGACGAAAUAUCUGUGGAAAUUUUGGAUAAGUUUCCAAUAACUACUUCCAUUUCUCAUAACUUUGUGCGCAAGACUUUCUUCUCACUAGCAUUUUGUGAAUGUUGUAGAAAACUCCUUUUUCAAGGCUUUUACUGUAGAACAUGCAAUUAUCGAUUUCAUCAAAGAUGUGCUGGUGGUGUACCUGCUUUGUGUCACCAAGUACGUAUGCAGGAUGCUUAUUACCAAGCAUUACUAGCACACAACCUUGAAAGUACCGCUGGGAUAUUGCAACUUCCUUCAGGAUAUGGAUUAAGUAGAAGCAUGUCCCCGUCUCUGGCUCCAUCGAGAAGCCAGAGGCAUCCUCGUUCUUUGGGACAGCAAGAUCGUUCCAGCUCUGCGCCUAAUGUUUGUUUCAAUAUGGUGAAACCAAGCGGAGAAUCUGCUAACUUAGACGAAUACAGUAGAUCUCAGAGUUUAGGUCGUCCCAUUGGUAUCACGCAAAGUGCAGUAUCGCCAGGUAGUAGCCCAACGAAACAUAGUCAGUCAACACAGGCUAGUCCUACUAGUACUUUAAGGCCGAAAAGACCAAGAGCAAGAUCAGCCGAUGAAUCAUCCAAAAAUCUUUUAGCACCUAGAGAAUCUAUAGAGGAUUGGGAAAUUCCAGCUGAUGAAAUCUUAAUUGGAGCUCGCAUUGGAUCAGGUUCUUUUGGAACAGUAUACAAAGCUCAUUGGCAUGGUCCUGUAGCUGUAAAGACGCUUAAUGUCAAAAUACCUACUGCUGCUCAGUUACAAGCAUUUAAAAAUGAAGUUGCAGUUUUACGUAAGACACGGCAUGUAAAUAUCCUUUUGUUCAUGGGAUGCGUUAGCAAACCACAACUGGCUAUCGUUACCCAAUGGUGCGAAGGUUCUUCUCUGUAUAAACAUUUACAUGUAUUCGAGACAAAGUUUGAUUUAUUCACACUGAUAGAAAUUGGAAGACAAACUGCACAGGGCAUGGAUUAUCUACAUGCAAAAAAUAUCAUUCACAGAGAUUUAAAGAGUAACAAUAUAUUUCUGCACGACGAUCUUACUGUAAAAAUUGGAGAUUUUGGCUUGGCCACAGCAAAAACUAGAUGGUCCGGUUCUCAACAAUUCCAUCAACCAACCGGAUCUAUCCUCUGGAUGGCACCAGAAGUCAUAAGAAUGCAAGAAGAAAAUCCAUACAGUUUUCAAUCUGACGUUUACGCAUUUGGCGUUGUUUUAUUUGAAUUACUAUCCGGUCAAUUACCAUAUUCGCAUGUUAAUAACAAGGAUCAGAUAUUAUUUAUGGUUGGACGUGGAAAUUUACGUCCGGAUUUAAAUAAAUUGCGUUCAGAUACUCCCAAGGCACUGAAGAGACUGACAGAAGAUUGCAUCAAAUUUUCUAGGGAGGAUAGACCAAUAUUUCGUCAAAUUUUAGCUAAUUUAGAAGGUCUUUCACGAGGAUUACCUAAAAUAACGAGAUCAGCAUCUGAACCAAACUUAAAUAGGACGCAGCUACAAUCAGAUGAUUUUGUAUACACUUGUGCUUCGCCAAAAACUCCAGUGAAUUUUCAGUUUGGAGCAUUUUCCUUUUAUCCUUCCGGUGGGAACAUAUAAAAGUAUUACCCGAAGUAACGAGUCUGAUGCAAUUUGCAUAAAAUUAAAAAUAUUCAAAAAAAAAAAAAAAAUGGAAACGAAAUCGUAAUAAACUUAGCUAUGAACAAUCUACGCGAUUCUUUACAACUACACUUUGACUGUGUUGCAACUGUUCGUUCGAUGUAGAAUGUGAUUAUACAAUACUUAAUUCAACUAAUAUAAAAAGGAAAAAAAAUAUAAGGACACAAAAAUUCAUCUUAUUAAUUGACGUAUCCGAUGUAUUUCAUGGCAAGAACGCAUAUGUAGCUUUUACCUUUACAUACUUACCAAGUAUCUAUGAAAAAAGGACAUUUAUUUAACGAGUUAUUGUUCGCGUGCAUAAACGCGUAUUUGUAAACAAGUGUAUACACGUACGAACGAGCGCACGUGUACGCGUGUUGGUGUAGAGGUCUGUACUUUCGUGGAAUCCUUAUGAAGGAUGUAAAAAUUAAGUAAGUAAUAGAAGUAACGGCAUUUAAAUCUACGUGGGCCGUCAUUUGCUGUGAAGUAUUUUUGCAAACGCCGAAGUGAUUUUUGUACCUACUUCCUUCAUGUAUUGUCUUCAACAUGCUCACAUAAGAAUUGUUCCUUUUCAUAUAACUUAUAAUUUAUAGUUUAAUGUUAGUAUGUACAUAAGUUUCGUUGAAAUUAUCGGAAAUUUGCGCAUAUUGUUUUUUAAAAAGAGCGAAAUGUAGACACUCUAAAUACAGAUUAACUAGAUAUCCUGUAGUAAUAGAUAUUUUACAACGAUUACCUCUUUUUUUGUAGUAAUUGUUUUCUAUAAUAAUAAUCAUAUUUGACUGAUUUUUUGUACGCAGUAAAUUUUUUUUCUACGAAAAAGAUUCUUUUGGUCCAACGAUACCAAAAGGUUGUACUGUAUUAAAAAAAAAAAGAACAUGAAAAAAAUGACAAAUCAAAUUGAAAGUCAAAUAAAAAGUGAUAUGUAUACUUGGCCUUUACUUUAAGACUUCAUCGAUAUUAUAGACUAUAAUAAAUCAUUCUCGCGAGUCAUUUGUUUUGGCUUGAUUUGGAGCAUCGUUACGAAUCAAGGCCUAAAGGAUCAUUUACACUCAUCGACGGUAAAAAGAGGAAGUAAUAUCGUGUUGCAACAUAGAUUGAACAAGUUAUCGACUAACUUCCAUUUCUUUUUCCUAACUUUGUAGUCGACUGUUGUUCCUUGCAUUUUAAUAUUUAUUCAUUUUUACUAUUACUCUUUUUCUUUUGUAAGUUUUUUUUCACUGUAUUUGAGGCUCAUAAUGCAGGAAGGGGCGCGAACUUCACUUCGAAGUGAUGAAUUCGUAAAGUAUUUGUUACAUAGCAUUAAAGACUUUCAGUUUUACGAGGUAAUCGAAACUUUUGUUAUGACCAAACGUGUUUCAGAUAACGGCCCGAUCAACAGUAAAUAAUCAUAUAGGGGAAACGUAUAUGCGGAUUGCGAGUAUACAGAGGUAUACAGCGAAAAAGAAAAUAAUAGAGUGAACUUUUCGACUUGCGUAUCGUAUAAUUUUGGGGGAACGCGCAGUAGCGAAAAAGAGAAAUUAGUGAAACUUUAUUCGAUGGGCGUCUGAAGCACGCUUACGCGAUCGAUGAUAAACCAUACCGACUACGUAACAUUUUGCAUCAUUGAUUCGCGGGCGUAUCCUAAAAUUUAACAUCGAUGCGACACUCGUCAAACCGUGACAUGUUUCCGAAACAUAUAAAAGGCCUAAGAGGAAAUCUUCGAAAUUUCACUAGUUAAAACAAGUGAUAUCUUGUUUCUAAAGCACGUGGUAUCCCGAUUUACUAUUUAUUUAUUUAUGUAUAAUCCAAGUGUGAUGAAAUACAAUUAAAAAGCAACAAAAAAAAAAAGAAAAAGAGGAAAAAUACUAAUAAAUAAGUGCUGGAUUUUAACAUUUUGUCGAGAGUGCAUGAUUGCGAGGAACAGUGAAUAUGUGAAUCAUAGGAAAAGAGAAAACGUGUUCAAGUGUGCAAGAGAGCGAGAAAAAGAGAGAAUGUAUGUAAAAACGACGAUGAGGACGGAACGAAAAUUACCGAUGAACACGUUCACCGGAAUAAAGGAACGCACUUGUCAUUGUUAAUGACGCUUUCUCGUAACAGGGAAAUAGCGAAUCGCGAAACAUAAUUAAUGAUGUUACAAAAAUAUUAUUAAAUGGAAAAAAAAGAGAUAUGUAAAAGAGGAGGAUGUCGUGCAAGGUGCGGGGGAUAGCUCUUUUUAAAUGGCUUUCCGAGAUCUUUUAUAGUGCAAUUUUCUAGAUAUGAUAAAACCUUCGAGUGAUACGAAUGGAUCCUCUACGAUGUACAAUGGUUAGGCUGUAUAAUAUAUAGAAGUAAAAAACCUAUUCCUGCAUUUUUUACUUGCGUUUUACACUUUAAACCAUUUUGUUCUUGUGAUACGAUAUAACUUGAAUUAGGUCUUGACGAAGUGUGCUAAUAUUUAACCAAUGAUGUAAAAUACUCUCUUUUUUUCUUUAAUUUUAGUUUUUACACUUUAAUUUAUUGCGAAGACUAGUAAGAUAGUAUGAAUAAAAAGUGUUUAUUUAGAUAUGUGUAAUGUGUAACACACGUGAACAGAUGAUGAAUACAAAGACAAGAGAAAGCAAACAGUAGAAUUUGCGACCCUCGCGCUCUGCGUCCUCCUUAAUCAAUCUUCCUGUAUGUCACUAUCAAAUUUUAGAAUAUUAUUUUCUCGGAAGACAUUCCUCUGUAUAUUGCUUUAAUGUAUAUCGUACAUGUAGAAGGGUUUGUAUGCGGUUGCAGAUUAUCGAAUGUGUUUUUGUGUCGACCUGAACACCGAGAAACAUAUUACUUUAUGUACAUUUUAAAAUUAACGGGAGUUGGCUCUUCGAAGCGUAGAAUCAAAUCGGAAGUGACGAAAGCGAUAAGCGAAACUGGCUUAAAAACGUUCAAAAUGAACGAUCUAAUUUAAAUUAUCUAGCGUUUGCAAAGAACGGAACGAAAAAGAACGUUAAAGAAAAGAAAUGAAACAGCUCUUGAUCUACGAAUCUUCUUAGAGUUAACUUUAACACGUCAAUGAAAUUUCUGAUUUUGAUUGAUCCAAAAGAUCGACGAGGUUAGUUUUGAACAAAGUGGAACUUCUCCACUUUCAGAAAUAUGUCUUGUAUAUCGGCAUUGUUAACUGUGUUAUGCAUAAGUGAAUUAUCGAACAUUUUGCUCUCUUCGAAUUCUACUACGAAUCUCAAUCGGGUUUGACACGAAAAAACGAUCGGAUGGCAGAUUUUUCGUUUGAUUGACAGACGUCGCAUGGCACGUAUUGUAAUAGGAUUUCGGCUUCGUUUUCGUCAUAUUAUGCUGAAGCUGCUAUCGAGUGAAAUGUAUGUCUUGUAACGAGAUAGCGUGGCUGAGAUUCGAGAUACUUAAUGCGAUCGAUCGUGACGAUCGAUUGAUCAUUGUAUUCAACCGAAGAAGCUGGCAAAAAAAUGAAAAAAAAAAAAAAAAAAAGAAAAGAAGCAAAAAUAAAAAGUUGAUUCUUCAUGUAAUAA